UAUUUCUUACAAUAAUUUAAACUUGUGAUUUGAGAGAAGGGAUAAUCAUCGCGUCCUCCUCCUCCAUGCAGUUGCAUUGUUUAGGUUGGUGCAGAGAAAAAAAUUGAAAAAUGGGGUUGAGUAAGGUAGUUUGGUAAAAAUAUAAGAAAAUGGAAAGAGGAAAGAGCAGUAGUAGAUGGUGAAGGGAGAGAGGUUAGGGAGGAAGAAGGUGCUAUACAUGUACACAGAAACCCUCUUGAGAUCUCAACCCAACCCUUUCUCUCUCGCCAACUCUUUCCUUUCAUUGCUUCAAUUUUUUCCGAUUUGAGCUUGCUGUAUACUGGACGAUCUCCCCCGGCAUUGUCGUAAUUUGUACAAUAUUUGCCUAGAGAUUUCUUGUUUUGAUUCAGUUUUUUUUUUGUUGGUAAAAAAGAAAAAGAUGGGUAAAUUCUAGUUUGUAAGUGAGAUUAUCUUGGAAGGCAACAGACCAGAUUUGAAGAAACCUCUUCAAUGGAAGAUUGGUCCAAGUAUGCUCAUAGUCCAGCUCAUUUGGCAGUAGCUAAGCGAGACUAUCCCACUUUGAAAGAGAUUGUUGAUUGCCUGCCUUGUCUUGCCAAGGCCGGUGAAGUAAACACUGAGGCAGAGUCUGUGGCUGCUGAGAUUGAUGCAGAUGCUGUUUCUGCAGUAAUUGAUAGGCGAGAUGUUCCUGGCCGUGAAACUCCUUUGCACCUUGCUGUUCGCUUGAAGGACCCAAUCAGUGCAGAGAUUUUGAUGUCUGCAGGUGCUGAUUGGAGUCUUCAGAAUGAGAAUGGUUGGAGUGCUCUUCAGGAAGCAGUGUGUACCAGGGAGGAGAACAUUGCUAUGAUUAUUGCUUGUCACUAUCAGCCUCUUGCUUGGGCCAAGUGGUGCCGUAGACUUCCUAGGAUUGUCGCCUCAGCUGCUCGUAUUCGUGACUUCUAUAUGGAGAUAACCUUUCACUUUGAGAGCUCUGUAAUUCCGUUCAUCGGUCGGAUUGCUCCGUCAGACACGUAUCGCAUUUGGAAACGGGGUUCUAAUCUUCGUGCCGAUAUGACACUUGCGGGAUUUGAUGGGUUCUGCAUUCAACGUUCGGAUCAAACUUUCCUCUUUCUUGGAGAGGGCUAUUCAUCAGAAACUAGUAGCAUAUCCUUACCUCCAGGUUCUUUAAUUGUCCUUGCUCAUAAGGAGAAGGAGAUCACAAAUGCAUUAGAGGGAGCUGGUGUGCAACCAUCUGAAGGUGAAGUAGCCCAUGAAGUUGCUUUGAUGUCUCAAACAAAUAUGUAUAGGCCAGGAAUUGAUGUUACUCAGGCUGAGCUUGUUCCUCACUUAAAUUGGAGGAGACAGGAGAGGACAGAAAUGGUCGGUACAUGGAAGGCAAGUGUAUAUGAUAUGCUUCAUGUGAUGGUUAGUGUAAAAUCAAGGCGUGUUCCCGGUGCCAUGACUGAUGAAGAGCUCUUUUCAAUGAAUGAUGAUGGUAAAUUAACAAACUGUGGUGAACACGACGAUUAUAAUGGUGUAUUAACAGCUGAAGAAAGAAGGCAAUUAAAUUCUGCACUUCGAACGGGUAAUUCAGAUGGACUUGGUGAUGAUGAUGAGGAGCUUGAGGUUCAGGAUUGCCAUGACAACUCUAGUGGAGGUUCAUUUAGAAGUUGUGAAUCCAAUGGUGUUCCUAAACAGAAGAAGAGUUGGUUUGGUUGGAACAAGAAAAAUUCCAAAGGAACUGGUGAUGGUUUAGAGGAUUCAAAGAUUGUGAAAAGGUUCUCAAAGUUGGCUCCAGAUAAUACCAAGCAGAAAUCCCAUGACACUCAUAAAUCAUCAUCUGAAGUUCAAGGGGAAGAUACCAGAGAUGUUAAACGGAGCAAAGAUAAGAACGGCAAGAAGAAAAAGAAAAAAGGGCCUCUCGGUGAGUCUAAGAGUGAAAGUGAGUACAAAAAAGGUUUAAGACCUAUUUUAUGGUUGACACCUGACUUCCCGCUGAAAACAGAAGAGCUUUUGCCAUUACUAGACAUAUUAGCCAACAAGGUUAAAGCUAUUAGAAGGUUGAGGGAGCUUUUGACUACUAAGCUACCCCCUGGCACAUUUCCAGUCAAGGUAGCUAUUCCUAUUGUUCCAACCAUCCGUGUGCUUGUUACUUUUACCAAGUUUGAGGAGCUUCAGCCAGUGGAGGAGUUCUCAACCCCUCCUUCAAGCCCUGCACAUUUCCAAGAUGCUAAAUCAAAGCAAUCUGAUGGCUCUGCAUCAUGGAUUUCAUGGAUGAGGGGAAGUCACGGUGGCCAAUCUAGAGACAGUGAAAGCUGCAGCUUCCGUGAAGAGAUUGACCCAUUCCACAUACCUUCUGAUUAUGCUUGGGUUGAUGCAAAUGAGAAAAAACGCCGAAUGAAAGCCAAGAAAGCAAAGAGCAGGAAGCAUAAGAAGCAUGUCACGACUAGAAAUUCAGGUAUUGGGAGCCAGGCCACUGACGAUGUUGAAGAAUAACAAUGACCAAGAGAUUUAGUGUAUUGCUUCCACAAGAAGAGGUAAAGCUGCUUUUUCCCAUCUCAGCUCUUCUGAUGGUCUAGCUAGUGUUGGUUGAUUUGCCUCAUUAUUGUAUGAGAAGAUACAGAUCUUCUUCUGUUGUAUCUUAUUUGAUUCUAAGAUCUGAACAUCAUUUUGUUUAUUCCAUAGUGUCUUCAGCCUGUUUAUCGUCUUUUGCUACUUCAAAUGUAUCUACGUUCAAUAGGUUUUCUCAAAUGGAGUUGUUUGUCAAUCUAAGAACAUUAGGCAGAAAUUUGACUUGAAAACUUGUAGAGGAUAUAGUUUGUGUAUCCCUCCCAGUCAUUUUUAGAUUGUCUAUUUUAUUCAUUCUUACUAGACGUUUGCAAGAUAGCAGUAAUCUACAACAGAUGAAGUUUGUAGAAAGGUUUACUUGGUGUAUUUUUGUUAUUUGAAAACCUCAAGUUUCUUGAUA